UAGAUCGGGAUAAGACAAACAAGUCAUUACAAGAAUCAGAAUCAAAAGCUGCCGAAUUGGAAAAACAAUUGGCCAUUGUCUCGGCAAGUAGAGAACAAGCAGAAUUUCAGUAUCAAUUGUUAUCCAAAGAAUUGCAAAACUUCAAAACUCGGUAUAUGAAAGAUGUGGAAUCUAUAAAGGUAGAUUUUCAAGAACUUCGUAGCGAUAUGGUUUCAACUUCUAAGGGAUUAAAGAAAGUUGUGGUGGAAGCUGGUUCUCGUAUUGAAACAUUAACAAAGGAACGUAAAGGCGAAAUUGAAAAUCUAGAAACAAUUCAAAUCAAAUUAAAAGAAAAUCAAGCGAAAUCUAUCGCUUCGAUAUUAAGCGAAGUUGAUCGGAUGAAAAAGGAUGUAGAGAUAUCGAAUGAAAAGACUAAACUAUAUUCUAAUCAAGUAGCAAAAGUUGAAGAUGAAAUAACAAACAAAAUGGCAUGUGUUUCUGAAAUUUUUAUUAUAAUAAAUUCAUAA